UGUUCGAAAAUGAAGUAAAACAACUGAAGUGAACUGUGGAUUUAUGACAGAAAUGCAGUAAAGAUUUUCAACAAAAAUACAUUCGUGUAAGACUUGAAAUAACAAGCAAUCGUAUUAACAAUUGAUCAUCGGGCUAACAAUGAAGUAUUCUGGCCCUAAAUGAAAUAAUAUUAAAGAAAUUGAAACUUUAUAGAGCGUAAGUUAAUACACCGAAAUCCAAAUGUUGAAGAGUACAUUGCCUAAGGACAAACCUGGCAAAAUGAGGAUCAGGGCCUUUCCCAUGACUAUGGAUGAGAAGUAUGUGGCGAGCAUAUGGAGCCUGCUUAAAAAUGCAAUACAAGAAAUUCAAAAGAAGAACAACUCUGGCCUUUCUUUUGAAGAGCUUUAUCGCAAUGCAUACACCAUGGUCCUUCACAAACACGGGGAAAGACUGUACACUGGGCUGAAGGAAGUUGUGUCGAGCCAUCUUGAAACCAAGGUCCGUGAGGAUGUGCUUCAUUCCCUACACAAUGGAUUCCUGCAAACUCUUAACAAUGCAUGGACAGACCACCAAACUAGUAUGAUUAUGAUCCGCGACAUACUUAUGUAUAUGGACAGAGUAUAUGUUCAACAGAAUGACGUUGACAAUGUGUAUAAUUUGGGACUCAUUAUAUUUAGAGAUCAGGUAGUACGGUACGGCUGCAUUCGCGACCACCUGCGGCAAACGCUGCUGGAGCUUGUGGCUCGCGAGCGUCGGGGCGAGGUCGUGGAUCGACUCGCCAUCAGAAAUGCCUGUCAAAUGCUCAUGGUGCUCGGCAUCAACUCCAGAGCUGUCUAUGAAGAGGAUUUCGAAAAGCCCUUCCUACAUCAAUCGGCUGAAUUUUAUCGGAUGGAAUCUCAGAAGUUCCUGGCGGAGAACAGCGCGGCGGUGUACAUCGCGCGCGUGGAGUCGCGCAUCGGCGAGGAGGCGGAGCGCGCGCGACACUACCUCGACGACAGCACCGAGCCCCGCGUCAUAGCUGUGCUCGAGCAUGAGCUCAUCGAGCGACACAUGAAGACCAUCGUCGAGAUGGAGAACUCUGGCGUGGUGCACAUGCUGACGCAUACUCGCACGCAGGAGCUGGCGUGCCUGUACAAGCUGCUGUCGCGCGUCAGCGAGGGUCUGCGUACAGUCGCCGACGCGGUGUCCGCCCACCUGCGCGAGCAGGGCCGCGCGCUCGUCACCGACACGCACCACAACACCAACGCCAUCACCUACGUACAGAAUCUUCUCGACCUGAAGGACAGAUUUGACCACUUCCUACAUAACUCGUUCAACAACGACAAAAUGUUCAAAAAUAUGAUUGGAUCAGACUUUGAAUAUUUCCUCAACCUCAAUAAUAAGUCUCCAGAGUUCUUGUCUCUCUUUAUCGAUGGAAAACUUAAGAAGGGUGAAAAGGGGAUGAGUGAGCAAGAAAUUGAAGCUGUAUUGGACAAGACGAUGGUACUGUUCCGAUUCCUCCAAGAGAAAGAUGUGUUCGAACGUUACUACAAGCAGCACCUCGCCAAACGUCUUCUGCUCAACAAAUCCGUUUCUGAUGACAGCGAGAAGAAUAUGAUCUCUAAGUUGAAGACUGAAUGUGGCUGCCAAUUCACAUCGAAACUAGAGGGAAUGUUUAAAGAUAUGACCGUAUCAAACACAAUAAUGGACGAAUUCAAAGAGCAUGUUCUAUCAUCUGGGACAAACCUUCACGGCGUGGACUUAUCCGUGCGCGUGCUGACGACGGGCUUCUGGCCGACCCAGAGCGCCACACCCAAAUGCAACAUACCCACUGCGCCGCGCAGCGCUUUUGAAGUCUACAGAUCGUUCUACCUGGCGAAGCACUCGGGACGGCAGCUGUCGCUUCAGCCGCAACUCGGCAACGCAGACCUGCACGCGACGUUCCGCGCCGCGCCCGCCAGCCCCCCGCACUCGCCCGCGCCCCCGCCCGCCCCCCGCAGACACAUCAUACAGGUCUCCACCUUCCAGAUGUGUGUGCUGCUGCUGUUCAACAAGCGCGAGCGGCUAACUUACGAGGAAAUACUUAACGAGACAGAUGUUCCUGAAAAGGACUUGGUCCGCGCUCUACAAUCUCUGGCUAUGGGUAAACCGACGCAGCGGGUACUCAUCAAAAAUCCCAAGACGAAGGAAAUCGAACCUUCAAACCAGUUCUACGUCAACGACGCUUUCACAUCUAAACUUCAUAGAGUGAAGAUUCAAACGGUAGCCGCUAAAGGUGAAUCGGAGCCAGAACGACGUGAAACCCGCAAUAAGGUCGACGAAGACAGAAAACACGAAAUAGAAGCAGCUAUUGUUCGCAUUAUGAAAGCUAGAAAAAAGAUGGCGCAUACGUUGCUAGUCGCGGAGGUAACGGAGCAGCUGCGUGCGCGCUUCCUGCCGUCGCCAGUCGUCAUCAAGAAACGUAUAGAAGGGCUCAUCGAGCGGGAGUACCUCGCGCGCACGCCCGACGACCGCAAAGUCUACACCUACGUCGCAUAGGCAGUCACAGUAUCAAGUCGGAUAACGAACCGGUUAUAGAAGUAACGAAAGUAUUUAAUUAUUUCAAAAUAAAAUUAUUGUUUAUUGA